AUGAACAUCAAUUUGGGAGACGCUGAUCCAAUAAUUGCCAGAAUUGUUAUUCGAAAAUUGGAUAAGGAAAGUCUGCUUCUAUAUGAGCAGAACACAAAAAAAUCAAGGGAGAUCCAGGAGCUAAGAGAUGUGCUGGAGUUUCUCGAGCAGCAUUACCAAGCGUUAGAAGCCUCAACAACUAAAAAACAACAAUACAACUUUAGCAAACAAAACAUCAGAUCUACAUCACUGUUUACAGAAAAACGCAGUUGUUAUUUUUGUAAAAAACCAGGUCACGAAAUCUACUCAUGCAAAAAAUUUUUGGAGCUGACCGUUACAGAAAGACAUUCAUGGGUAAAAUCUAAAAACUUGUGCUACAAUUGCCUUAAGCACAAAACAGACAAAAAAUGUUUAAGUGAAAGCAAAUGUCAAAAAUGUGGGUUGUAUCAUCAUACACUUAUUCAUUUUGAAAAGCAGCGAGUUAAUUCAACGAUGAGCACGAACACAUUGAGCAGCGUUUUGCUAGCUACAGCCCAAGUGCGGGUAAAAUCCUUACAUCAAGAAUAUAUAACAUUACGGGCUUUAAUUGAUCAAGGUUCGCAGAUAACCUCUAUAAGCGAAGAAGCAGCACAAAUCCUCCAAUUACCCAGGAAGAAAACUGAGGUUAAACUACAAGGCCUGGGACAAACAGUGGUAGGAGUUGCAAAAGCAAAAAUAAACUUAGAAAUACAUCCGAGAUUUCUAAGCAACGAGAUGAUAACAGCAGAGGCAUUAAUAUUACCAAAAUUAGUGGCAACUCAUCCCGAUGUAUCAUUUAAUUAUGAUGUGCAAAAAUGGAAAAACUUCAAUUUAGCAGAUCCCAAUUUCAACAAAGCAGAUAGAAUUGAUAUUGUUAUUGGUGCCGACUUAUUCUCGCAAAUAUUGGAAGACGGUGUACAUCGUGAAGAGAAAAUUCUUGGGCAAAACACUAAGUUGGGUUGGAUUCUAUCUGGCGUGAUCCGAGUAAACCAUAAAAGCAAUACAAAAUCAGUAGCUACUACCAACAUUGAAAGGUUCUGGGAAAUCGAGGAAAUAGAGGAGGAAAAUUCCCUAGACGAGGAAGAUAAAUGCCUAAAACUAUAUUCUGAAACAACAAGAAGAGAUGAAGAUGGUAAAUUUAUCGUAAGACUACCAUUUUUAGAAGAUUGCGAGCUUGGCGAUUCUUACAAGAGGGCGAUGGCUCGAUUGAUGAGUCUAGAGAGGCGGCUAAAAGAAAAUCCAUUACUAAACAACGAAUACUGCAAAAUAAUGGAAGAAUUGCUAUCAAUGGGCCAUAUGAAGAAAGUAGAUCCAAGCUGUAAUGGUAAAUACUACUUACCUCAUCAAGCGGUAGUACGAGAAAGUAGCUUAACUACAAAAGUAAGAGUGGUAUUCGAUGCUUCUUCCAAAACUACCAACGGUAAAAGCUUAAACGACAUAUUGCAAGUAGGUCCCAAGCUACAAAAAGAUAUAUUUGACAUCAUUACGAAAUGGAGGUCAUGGAAAUAUGUAAUAUCUUCUGAUGUGGAGAAAAUGUUUCGCCAAAUAAAAAUUGAUACACCUGAUCAAGAAUACCAAUAUGUUUUGUGGAGGAAGAAUCCAAGCAAUCCAAUUGAACAAUACAAAUUAACAACUGUAACGUAUGGUACCAGUUCAGCACUCUUUUUGGCAAUUAGAACAUUAAUUGAAAUUGCCAAUCAUUGUAAAGAUGAAGAUAUUUCUAGCAGAAUAAAAGAAGACUUUUACAUGGACGAUUUACUAACUGGAGCAGAUACAAUCCAAGAUUGUAAGAAGAUACGAGAAGCAAUAUCCAACCACUUAGAUAAAUUUGGGUUUCAUUUGCGUAAAUGGAUAUCCAACAAUGGUCAGAUAAUAAAAACUGACAACUUUGAAAAUAAUGAGGUGCUAAACAUACAAGAAGAUGCAUGUUUGAAAACAUUGGGUUUGCAAUGGAACCCUAAGACGGAUAAUUUUACAUUCAACAUGCAAAUCGAGGAUGAUCUUAAAAUUACGAAACGGAUUGUGUUAUCACGUAUCGCAAGGAUAUUCGAUCCAUUAGGAUGGUUAACACCGAUUACGGUAACGGCAAAAUUGUUUAUACAACAUUUGUGGAAAUUGCAAUCAGACUGGGAUGAACCAUUGGAUAAAGAUCUCAGUAAAAUUUGGAAAUCGUUUGUUCAAAACUUGCCAGCGCUGACAAACAUAAAAAUAAAUCGAUGGAUUCAACGAUCAAACGGGACACCAUUACAAUUGCAUGGGUUUGCAGAUGCAUCUGAAAAGGCUUAUGCUGCUGUGGUUUAUGCAAAAGUUGGCUCAACAAUUACAAUAGUAGCCGCAAAAAGCAAAGUAAACCCCAUAAAAAACAAGAAGACUCUGCCUAAAUUGGAAUUGUGUGCAGCGCAUCUGUUAGCGAGAUUAUUGCAUAAAAUCAAGUACAAAAUCAACGCAGGUGCAGACAUUUAUGCAUGGAGUGAUUCUAUGAUCACAUUAUCAUGGAUAAGAAAGCCUAAUAGCAAAGAGAAAUUCAUAAGAACAAGAGUUUCCGAAAUAAAUCAAUGUUUGCCAAAUGUGAAAUGGGGCUAUGUAAAAUCUAAAGAAAAUCCAGCUGAUAUCGGAUCAAGAGGCAUUAAUCCAGAAAAACUUGAAAGCUGUUCCCUUUGGUGGUGUGGUCCGGAAUGGCUCAAAAAAAGAUAA